AUGAGUCAAAGCAAGGCAUCAGAGCGACCCACACUCCAAGGUCAGCGCAUCAAGACCAGGAAAAGAGAUGAAAAAGAGAAGUUCGAUCCUCAGGGAUUUCGCGACCAAAUCUUGCUCGGCAUCAAAGAAACCAACGGCGACCUUGAAGCGCUCUCCAAGUACCUGGAUGUUGCUGGCUCGAAGCUAGACUACCGCCGCUACGGUGAACCACUCUGCGACAUUCUCAUUGCCGGCGGACUGCUCGCUCCCGGUGGGACGCUCAUCACUGACGGGCCGCUGGUUCCGGAUGCCAAGCUGACGACCACCUCCACCACCACCGAGGUGUGCGUUUUUGGACGUCCUUCCGAUGACGAGUCCAUAAGAGCCUUCACCCAGGUCUUUGUCCGUCUCAUUCGCCGCUACAAGUACCUCGAGAAGUCGCUGGAGGAGGACCUGAAGAAGAUCGUCGUCUUCCUGCGCGCCUUCACCCCUGACGACCGCCUGAAGUUGGCCAAGGUCUUCGCCUACCUGCUCGCCAGCGGCCACAUCACCGUUUCGCCGCUCAAGACGCUCCUGGAACGCGACGAGCUGGUGAAGGAGGGCCUGGCCUUUCAGUUUCUCCUCGACUGCCUCGCCGCCUGGCAAUCGGAGAAGGAUGCCCCGAAUGUGUGGGCCUCGCUGCGCAAGUCGUCGCUCGACUCUAAGCUGCUGGAGUUUCUGCCCCUCUCUAAGCGCAACCAGGAGUCCUUCAGCGGCUCGAUGCUCGACAGCGGACUCGGUCAGCUGCUGGACUAUCAGAAGACACAGCGCGUGGAGACCGUGAAGCGGGAGCUGGCGGCGGAGAUCAACAACCAAAUUCAGUCGAACGAGACGACGCCCACGGAGCUGAUUGUCCUGGUGCGCGACUACAUGACGGAGAAUGGCUUCAGCGACGCCGAG